AUGUCUGUAUUUGGACAAACUUGCUUACAAGAACUCAGCUAUCAUCUGGGUCUACUCAAGGCCAAACUUGCAAAGCUACGGAGGGAACUUCUCGCAGGUCCGUCUGGUGGUGGAGGUGGUGGGGGAGGCCCGGGGUUCGAUGUAGCUAGGACCGGAGUCGCAUCUGUCGGAUUUGUUGGAUUCCCGUCUGUCGGAAAGUCUACACUCAUGUCCAAAUUGACGGGAACACACUCAGAGGUGGCAGCCUACGAGUUUACAACGUUGACAAGUGUUCCUGGCACCCUGCGAUUACACGGCAGCCCAAUUCAGAUUAUCGACCUCCCCGGUAUCAUCGAAGGUGCCAAAGACGGUCGAGGUAGAGGUCGACAGGUUAUUGCAGUCGCAAGAACAUGCAACUUGAUCUUCAUCGUACUCGACGUCUUGAAGCCGCUACACGACAAGAAGAUUCUCGAGGACGAGCUGGAAGGGUUUGGUAUCCGGCUGAACAAGAAACCUCCAAACAUUACAGUCAAAAAGAAGGAGAAAGGAGGCGAGCCAUCUCAUUUAUCUCGCAUUGCGAUAACGAACACUGUCCCCCUCACCAAUAUCGACCACGAAGAGAUCAAGGCAGUUCUCAGUGAAUACAGACUAGCGAAUUGUGAUGUCGCAAUUCGUGAGCCGGGUUGCACGGCAGACGACCUCGUGGAUGUCAUCGAGGGCAACCGAGUCUAUAUCCCAUGCAUUUACGUUCUGAACAAGAUUGAUGCAAUCUCGAUCGAAGAACUGGAUCUUCUCUACAAGAUUCCACACUCCGUCCCAAUCUCCUCCAAGGAAUGGCUAAACAUUGACGAACUACUGGAUGCACUUUGGAAUGCCCUCAAUCUUGUUAGAGUAUAUACCAAACCACGAGGAUUAGCACCCGACUAUUCGGCACCAGUCGUAUUGAAACGAAACAAGGCGACAGUAGAAGACUUUUGCAAUGCCAUCCACAAGGAGAUUGCAAAACAACUCAAAUAUGCAAUCGUCUGGGGAACAAGCGCGAAGCACUCGCGCGGACAAAAAGUUGGGUUGGACCACGAAUUGCAAGACGAAGACGUUGUACAUAUCGUGAAGAAAUAA